AUGGCCAAAGGAGACAAACCUCCACGCUCCGAACCUCGGGUCCUCGACCCUCUCGAUGCAAAACUCCUCUCUCAACAAGCGUCCGCCGGAGAGAGAGCAGCCAAACGCGACGCAGCCAACGCUCGCCUUGCUGAAGAAUAUGCUUCGCUACGACUAGGAGCUACCCCGAGCUCUGCUACCGAGGGCCCAAGCCUGGCGCGGAGGUCGUGGAUCCCAUCCGCCCUUUCCAGUUUCUACAAAGGCCUCUCGCCCCGAACCAGACACCUCGCCAGCGGAGUCCUUCGCACGUCGAUAUACAUAGCGCCCCUGUUCCCUAUCUACUGGGCUUUCAAUGAAUACGUGAUGCACACACUAUGGGUGAAUGGUCCAUCGAUGACCCCCUACUUAAACGAGGACUGGCCAGAAAUGCAUACUCAGCGGGACCUGUUGUUGAUGAACAGUUCGCUGUGGACCGGGUUUCCGUGGAAUACCAAGGUCGCCAGACUGGAGCGAGGGAUGGUCGUAUCAUUCCAGUCCCCCGCCAAUCCUUCUAACGUUGCCGUUAAACGUAUUAUCGGGCUGCCGGGUGACCGGAUCACGACUCGCGGGCCUUCGCUCAAACCGUCGAUGAUCGUUCCGUUCAAUCACGUCUGGGUUGAGGGCGAUGCCGAAGACCCGAGCAAGUCGCUCGAUAGCAAUACCUAUGGACCAGUGAGUGUCAGUCUCAUUCAUGGACGAGCGGUCGCAAGGAUCUGGCCGCGAGCGCGAUGGCUCGACUGGCGAGAUUGGGAUGCAGAAAAGAGCAACGAUUCAGCAGCGGAGAAUUACCGGCAGAGCGUACGCGACCGUGUGCAGAAGGGAGCAGUUGAAAUUCAACGGCCGAUGCUGGCGGGCCAAUGGAGUUGA